AACAGCCAGGCCUGCACCUGGCACCGGCGGCCGUGAUAACACGGUGAUGGGCGCGAUAACGGCUCAAGAGCGUAUCUGACGUUCAGGCGGGUCCAGUGCGGCUCCUCUCGGUGGCUGGAGCUCAGAUGCCAGCCACUUUGAUUUAUAGCCAAAAAUAAUAGGACUUUUAUACCAUGGGAUUGAUUUAUUUGAUGUUAAUCACAGCCCUUAUCGCGGUAUUAAUAAUCUGCUGGUCCCAUGACGUCACCCAGGGGGCUUUACAGGAGCUCAUCGAUCGGGGGCCACACUGGUUAUCUGGCCCUGCCAGGAAGGCAAACAUGCCCUUUGGGCUAGAAUUGGUUGCGGGGCUGGUGGAGGGGCCCAGCUGUUGCAGAGACCAGUGAGCCAGAAGCCACAGGCCUAGGUACACUGGGUGGGCACUGGGCUAUGACAGGUAGCAGCUAAAGGAACAAUUGUUACUGCUGUAUCAGCAGGGGCUGAGGGCUUUACAAGGCUAAGAGGGAACCUGGAGUGUUAGAUAGGGCAGGAGGGCAGGUGACUGUGUGCCCCUUAGCCUCAGUUUCCCUCCUGGUCACAAGCUAGCGCAGCAAGGAUGUGACAAUGUUUUCCUCUCUACAGAUGUGAGUCCACCGACAGUGCCAGCACCUCUUGAGUCCCCUGAAGAUCCUGAGGAUAUGGAGGGGCAGAAGUUGGAGAUGAGGCCCCAGGAUGAAGAGAAAGAGGAAAAAGAAGAAGAGGCAGCCCUGGCUAGUCCCUGGAGUGGGCCAGAGGAGCUGGAACUGGCACUACAGGAAGGGCAGAGGUGUGUGCGGGCCCGGCUGAACCUCACUGAGGGCCUGUCAUGGGGCCCUUUCCGUGGGAGCAUCCAGACCAGAGCCUUGACCCCAGAGCGGGAAGAACUGGGCCCAGCUGCGACCCUGCUGGUGGAUGAGGCCUGCUGGCUAAGGAUGCUACCCCAGGCUCUGACAGAAGCGGAAGCCAAUUCGGAGAUCUACAGGAAGGAUGACGCCCUCUGGUGCAGGGUCACCAAGGUGGUGCCUUCUGGUGGACUUCUACACGUGCUCCUUGUGACCGAGCCCCACGGUGCUCCCCGACACCCUGUGCAGGAACCAGUAGAACCUGGAGGCUCAGCCGCAGUGCACACAGACAUCCAGCUGCUGCCCCAGCAGGCUGGCAUGGCGUCCAUCCUCGCUACCGCAGUCAUCAACAAUGUCUUCCCUUGCAAAGACUGCGGCAUCUGGUACCGUAGUGAGCGGAACCUGCAAGCUCACCUGCUCUACUACUGCGCCAGCCGCCAGCGUGCAGGCUCCCCCGUCUCAGCGACUGAGGAAAAGCCCAAGGAGACCUACCCCAACGAGCGUAUCUGCCCCUUUCCUCAGUGCCGAAAGAGCUGCCCGAGUGCCAGCUCGCUGGAGAUCCACAUGCGUAGCCACAGCGGAGAGCGCCCCUUUGUGUGCCUCAUUUGCCUGUCAGCCUUCACCACCAAGGCCAACUGUGAACGCCACCUCAAGGUGCACACAGACACACUCAGCGGUGUCUGUCACAACUGUGGCUUCAUAUCCACCACAAGGGACAUCCUCUACAGCCACCUGGUGACAAACCACAUGGUGUGCCAGCCAGGCUCUAAGGGUGAGAUCUACUCACCAGGGGCUGGACACCCAGCAGCCAAACUUCCUUCAGACAGCCUGGCAGGCUUCCAACAGCACUCACUGAUGCAGGGUCCCCUGGCUCCUACUGACAAGGUACCCACGCCAUCCUCAGGACUGGACAGUAAGGCCUUGGCUGAAGUCACCAAUGGAGAGACCAGAGUGUCCCCCCAAAAUGGGGGCAGCAGCGAGUCUCCUGCAGCCCCUAGGACCAUCAAGGUGGAAGCUACAGAGGAGCCUGAAGCUGCCCGUGCCUCAGACCCGGGAGAACCAGGUCCCCAGGCUCCCUCUCGGACGCCUUCGCCACACAGCCCCACGCCAGUCAGGGUGAAGAGAGAACUGUCCAGCCCCACACCUGGCUCCAGCCCGGGGCCGGGAGAGCUAACAGUGGCUGGGACGCUCUUCCUGCCCCAGUAUGUGUUCAGUCCAGACGCAGGCGCUACCGCCGUUGCUACAGCGCCACAGGCCUCAGAGAUCCUGGCUAAAAUGUCGGAGUUGGUGCACAGCCGGCUGCAGCAGGGCGCCGGGAGCUCCGGUGCAGCGGGAACGCCCACCGGCCUCUUCCCGGGGACUAAGGGCGCCACGUGCUUUGAGUGCGAGAUCACUUUCAACAACAUCAACAACUUCUACGUGCACAAGCGCCUCUACUGCUCCGGCCGCCGCGCGCCCGAGGACCCGCCCGCUGUGCGCAAACCCAAGGCGGUCAUAGGGCCGGCCCGCGCGCUUCCAGGUGCCGCCGCAGAACCAGACGCACCACGGUCAUCGCCGGGGCCCGGGCCGCGAGAGGAAGAGGCGGGUGGCACGACCACUCCAGAGGGUGAGGCCGCCGGCCGGGGCAGCGAGGGCAGCCAGAGUCCCGGCAGCUCGGUGGAUGACUCAGAGGAUGAUCCCAGCCGUACUUUGUGCGAGGCCUGCAACAUCCGGUUCAGCCGCCACGAAACCUACACUGUGCACAAGCGCUACUACUGCGCCUCACGCCACGACCCGCCACCGCGCAGGCCACCCGCACCCACGCCGGCUCCGGGACCCGCGGCUCCGGCACUGACAGCUCCGCCCGUGCGCACGCGCCGGCGUCGCAAGCUGUACGAGUUGCCCGCAGCCGGCGCCCCGCCCCCCUCGGCAGGCCCCGCCCCUGUGCCUGUUGUGCCCGCCCCUACAGCUGAGGGGCCUUCUUCUCCAAGACCGGCAAGCUCAAGUGCCGGCCCCGCCCCCACGCCCUCUCCGGGACCCGUCCCCGACGGCCCCAUAGACUUGAGCAAGCGGCCCCGUCGCCAGACUCCGGAUACACCUGCUGCUCUGCCCGCACUGGCGGACUACCACGAGUGUACCGCAUGUCGCGUAAGCUUCCACAGCCUCGAAGCUUACCUGGCCCACAAGAAGUACUCGUGCCCCCACGCGCCUUUGCGCACCGCCUCCCUCUGCCCCUAUUGCCCGCCCAACGGGCGCGUUCGUGGCGACCUGGUUGAGCAUUUGCGCCAGGCACACGGCCUGCAGGUGACCAAGCCUGUGGCCAGCCCGGGCGGUGAGUCUCGCACACCUGCCGAGCGUGCUCUGCGUGACAGCCCAGACGGCCGAUCGCCACGCUCCCCAUCCCCUGCUCCUGAGAACACGCCUUCUGACCCGAUAGAUCUAGGCGUGCGGACGCCCUGCAAGGGCCCGCCAGUACCUGCUCCUGCGCCUGGUGGCGGUGGCGGUGGCAGUGGCCACCGCUACUGCCGCCUGUGCAACAUCAAGUUCAGCAGCCUGUCCACCUUCAUCGCACAUAAGAAGUAUUACUGCUCCUCUCACGCCGCCGAGCACGUGAAGUGAGCCUGCGGGACCGCACCACCGGACCCUUGGCACUUAAUAAAGACGUUUCGGUGUGUUAAGUUCGCUGGCGGGCCGGCCUGUUGUCUUAGAUCCAGUGGGCUUCGGUCCAUACCCCAGCCUGUGCAGAUCUGCACUGGGCACCUCACCCCGUUCUCCAGGACCUAGCCCACUCCAGGGGCUCAAGCAGCUCA